CAGAGGCGACCCGGAGCGCGCAGGAGCCGCAAGCAGAGGCAGAUCAUCAGUGUGUCAGCAGCAGUCACAAUCACAUAGAUCAGCAGCACAGAGCACAUUGCUCCACACAGGGAAGGAAAAAAACACAGAGUGAGAGAGAGAGAGGGGGGGAGAGAGAGAGAGAGAGAGAGAGACAGACACGGAAGAGAAGUGAGUGAAAGAGAGACUGAGUGAGGGACGGACGGCAGCACACACUUUAACUAGUACUCUGCGCUGCGGGAUAAUUACCAAAAAAAGAAAAAGAGGCGAAUCUCAAGUGGCCGCAAAGUGUUGGUGAAGAUGCCGCGGGUAGUCCCGGACCAGAGGAGCAAGUUUGAGAAUGAGGAGUUUUUCCGCAAGUUGAGCAGGGAGUGUGAGAUUAAAUACACUGGCUUCAGAGACCGGCCCCACGAGGAGAGACAAGCUCGUUUCCAGAACGCCUGCAGAGAUGGACGGUCAGAAGUGGCCUUCGUAGCGACAGGUACCAACCUCUCUCUCCAGUUCUUCCCAGCCAACCUGCACGGAGAUCAGAGGCAGGUUCCUACGAGGGAAUACGUCGACUUCGAAAGGGAGUCGGGAAGGGUCUAUUUAAAGGCCCCAAUGAUCUUGAACGGUGUGUGUGUGAUCUGGAAAGGCUGGAUCGACCUACAAAGGCUGGAUGGGAUGGGAUAUCUGGAAUACGAUGAUGAAAGGGCACAGCACGAGGACGCUCUGGCUCAGGCCGCGUUCGAAGAGGCUCGACGCAGGACGAGAGACUUUGAGGACAGAGAGCGAUCGCACAGAGAGGAUCUAGAGGACCCUGUGGUUUCUAAAAUCUGGGACUGAUGACACACAGACAGCCAGCAGAAAAGGACAGGUCCAGACGACAGCAGGACCCCAGCCCUGGCUCAAACAUGGCCAACGCUGACAUGGAACACAAGAUGCGCUGAGGAGGAGGAGGAGGAAGUUAUGGAAGGAGGAAGAGAACACGUGGCGGCUGUCCAUUCACUUUCAAUGCAAUCAACUGAAAAAGGGUUGAAUGAAACUGCAGUUGUAGAUCAGUUGUUUCUAACGAUGAAGGUUUGGCGUGAUCAUUUCUACAUGCCAAACUUGUUUUGUUGUUUUCAAUGUUAGAAUGUAGAUGAAAAUUGAUUGAAUUGAAAGUGAAUAAAAACCCUCGAAAAAAGGGCCGAGGACACAAAGGACCUGGGCAAAAAGUAGUUAUAUGAAUAUUUAAAUGUUGAACACGAGCAGUUAAUGUUACAUGAUAUUGUAGAUGUGACGCGUCUUUCACAGAUGUCAUUCAGAUUUAAAAGCUUUAAUAUUUUUUGUCCAGGUCUGAAAGAAAAUCGAUGGAUAGGGCUAGUUUUGCAUACCAAAAUGUAUUUUCUAUUACUAUUACUGUUAAAAUAGAGCGAGAGUGGUUGUAAGAGGGCUUUAAUGUCAUUAACGGGGGAGGGAGGGCAGAAGCUGAAAGAAGCAGUUAAAAGAGAGCUUGUUGUGGCCUGAGGUCACAGCUUACCAGCAUCAAAUGUGUUGGAAAAAAUUUAAAUAGUAAAAAAAGGUUCUGCAUUGUUCAGUGUUGUGCAACACUUAAUAUUUGUUAGCGUGCCCUUGUUUACCCCUACUAUACCUAGCUCACGUCCUAAAGCCUGCUGUUUUCUGAGACCAAAGUUCACUUUGCUGGAAAGGGGAGGGAGGGGGGCACCAGGGUGGGAAUAAAAGAAGAGGGAAACUUUACUUGCAUUUAUUUUAUUUUUUUUUAAAGAGAGAAUUUUGCCAGGCUCUAGGGUUUAACAGCAUUUGCUGUACUGUAAUGUUAAUUAUCUAUGAAAACAUCACUAUCAUAAGAUACCUGUGAUGGUGAAAUAACAGGUAAUGUAGCAACAAUCUAAAGGUAGGACAACAACAAAUAUGCUACAGUAUCAGUGGCUCUGGAAGCAACUGGGAAAAUGGUGUUUUUCUGGAGAGGGUUGGUCAGUCCGUGUGUCCUUUGUCUUCCAAGGGUUUUUGCACUAUGUGAUACAAUCAGUCUUGGUCUUUCUUUAGAUGCAUGAAACCAAACACAGGCCUGCCUAUGCUCAUUGUUGUUCCCCAUGUGGCCCGUCUAUCAUCACAGCAGUCUUUACAGUGCGUCAAUUUGGAAUAACAGGGUGAUUCAAAACUAUGUUAUCAGGUGGGCUCUUACUGCAGACCCCAGCAGGAGCACACCUGGAAAGACACAAAGGAUCUGUGUCCUUAUAGGACUUUUCAGAUUUCAAACCAAAUGUCGCCUGUAUGAAUGUUUUUUUAAAAAGGAGUCGUCAUCUAAAUGACGAAUCAGAUGUAUCUCCGAAAUCUGGGAUUUUUAAUCUUUUUUUCUAUUGGUUCAUAAAAGAUAUAUUAUAUAUAUAUUGGAGAUAUGUGGUUUUCAUCAGACAGUGAGCAUCUGUCUGAUACAUAACAGUUAUAUAACCCAUCCAUCCAGAUCUGUCACCCAGAUAUUCAUUAUCUAAAAGGACAAUAAAACCUAAAUGCAGUCUACCAUCCCGUGUCCUGUUACAGCGUGAUGAAAUGGUAUGUUUUUUGUUUGUUUUGUUAUCAUUUUUGUUUGUGUGAAAGUCAUGAUGUUUACUUUUUAUAUUACUUCUCACUUCUGUAUAUGUACUCGCUUUUGUUCAGCUUUCAGCUUUCUUAUGAAGCAGCGGCGGCUGCUGUAGGCUUUUCUAAAGUCUAAAAGUACAAAAUGUGUCCAGAAAUUUGGGAUGUUCGAGGACUUUGAUGGAUUUAUUUUCCACAUGUUCUUUUAUUAAUGUUAUUAUUUUUAUUGCAUUUGUUGUUAUUUUAUUUUAGUAUUUUUUUUUUUUUUUUUAGGAAAUACACUUCCUGGGUUAAAUACAUUGACUGUGGAUUGACUUAAGUCCUGUUACCAGGCAACAUAUUUUUUUAUUUUUUGCAGCUGAAAGUUUAUUUCAGUUUCCAAUGUAUUUUACAUUUAGUACAGUCAACGGUUUCAUUAUAAUUAUUAUAACCAAGAAAACUCUUUGUUCCUGCCUUUCUUUCUUCUCAUUGUUAGCAGUUGUGUUGAGAUUGACAUAAAAUUAGAAAACUCUUAUUUUUUGUACAUUGAAAGCCACGAGUUUGUAAAAUUUUACACAAUGUUUUGCAGUAAUGUUGUUGCUAAGAAAUGAUAGUUUAAAUUAAAAUAAAAAGAACAAAAAUUGAAACUCAAACAACGAGAAGAGACUUGAUGAAGUCGUACAUUAUUUUUAAGUUAAGGCCUCGGGAUCCAAACGAUGCCUGAACUUAAAAUGAUGAAGGACCCGUUUUUAAUCAAAACUUCACAGAGAAGUUUCCCCUUGCUUCAGGUAAAACAAAAAAUACAUUCUGGCUUUCAGAUAUACAUGAAAGGAUUUAAUUACGUUAACCUAAGGGUUUUCCCCCGCCCCCCAUGGAGAAUAUUGAGAGCACAGAGAAAAGCUUACCUUAGUGUCCUCAUACCCUCCAAAGUCAGCCGACCUUGUGACUCAGUGCUUAAUUAGUUCAAGAACGUGGAAAAUAUAUUAUCUGUCUGAGGUUACCUUCAGUGGGAUAAGUGGUGGAUUAUAUUGUCUGGGUUUAGCUCAGUGUUAUGUUGAAAAGUGGAGACAUAGCAAUCAGAUGCCACUGAAGACUCCCUUUGAGUGGACAAAGGGACAGAGUGAGGUAAUUGAAUGUGCAUAUAAAGCAGGUUGUACCAUAAGAUGAGGUUAAAGUGAUGCUGGUUUGAAGUUUUCAUACUUUUACAUGAAUGCUAGCUGAUCUUUUAAUGGGGCUGUAGCCAGUCUUGAAAAUUUCAGGAUUAAGGAAUUUGAUUUCAUUCAGUGUCAGCGAUGGUAAAAAUGGCAUUUUCCCCAUUUUUUGGUGGAAAUUGAGCAUUAAUGAACCAUUAAUGAACCGGUACAGCACAAUGAAAGGCAAGAAGUAGGUGUUAAAAGCAGAAUGGUAUGAGGUAUUUUCAACUAGGUUGUAUUUUUGUAAAUUGAUAGCAUGUGUACCAAAUUUGGAUAAAGCAUUCUGUGAAAAAUGUGGGAUUCUUCCACAUGGUCAAAUCUGAAAUUAUAUAUCUAUGGAUUUUAACAGUGUCCUCAGGUAAAGAAAAAUUAUCGAGAUAAAGACUGCAACUUCAUAACCAAGUCAAAGAUUUAGGUUGUAGUUAGUGAACCCGCAGCCACCAUCAAAUUAUAACCACGCCUCAGGUGGAGUCCAUCCCUCAGUUUUCUUAAUGCAGGCAUUAAGGCAAACCAUAAAACAUUUUUUCUUCUUUCUUUUUUUUACCUAAACUGUUUAUGUUCUUAAGUGUUUAACUUAUUUAUACUUACAACAGCUCUGUGAUAUUUAACAGCUUGGGCAUACUUUCAGUUUCUCCUGCCUGCUUGUGGUCUAUGUUUCCCUCUCUUUUAGGGUUGAGCUUGUCCUCCCGGAAAAAAAUAUGAGAUACUCAAUUUAAAAUGUUGGAUGUUUUUCAGAAUAAACCUGUAUUAAUUCUUUGA